AUGGCCGAAUUACACAAGGCGCUAGAGUGUCUCCGGCCCAAAGACUUCAGCGAGAUCCCUACGGAUGACCUCAAGAGCUUCCUGCCUCCCAUUCUCGCCAAUGCAGAAUUGAUUGCGAAUUCGGUGCCUCCGCCUCCCAAUGGUAUACCAUACGAGUCGGCCCAGCGCACGCGCACAACGCCACAAGCUGCUCUCAAUGCAGCCGACCUGACUGUUUCAGAGGUGCGAAGGCCACCGCCUGCCAAGGAACAUGAGGCACUGCAGAAGGCAUGGGGGAAGCCGGUGAAGUUGGGAAAUAAGGAGGCGGCGACGGGCAUAAGUGUCUUCAAGAUGGCAGGCCACGAUCGACAUGGCGCAUGGUUCGCGCGAACAGGUGUGACCGAAGGCUUGGGAUUCGCCAAGUGGAAGCGUGCCAUGCUGAGGGAGUUCCCAGAGACUCUCGAGGUACAGGGUGGACCCGGCGAGGGGAACAUCAGAGGAAUUGGCGGAGACCAACGUCUCGAGGACAUAACAGUAGAUGGCAUUGGGCAAUUACAAGUAUACCAGUUAUCUGCACAGUUUCCAGGUCCGGUUUCGCCUCGAGAAUUCAUCACCCUGCUCAUCACCUCCGAUACCUGCCUGAGCGAUGCCUCCAAGGUCGGUCAGACCAUUCCGCGACACUUCAUGGUCGUCUCAAUACCAGUAUCGCACCCAGGUGCGCCUCCUCGGGAUGGUCUGGUGCGGGGCAUAUAUGAGUCCAUCGAGAUGAUCCGUGAGAUACCCCUACAAGGAAGCACAGACGAAGAAAUGAAUCCGGUGGAAUGGAUAAUGGUCACGCGAAGUGACCCUGGAGGUGGUAUACCUCGUUUCAUGGUGGAGAGAAAUGUACCCAGCAGUAUCGUCAUGGACGCUGUGAAAUUCCUUGACUGGGCAUGCGCUAAGGAACAAACUGAUGCCUCGGGCGAGACCGAGACUGGCCAAGAGGGUGCAAACGACACCCCUCAAGUUGCAGAACCACGGCGAAAUUUGUCAAUAGCAGAGUCCAAUGGCAUCACAGCAGGUAUUGGAACAAGUAUAGUGGACAGGCCAUCUCCAGCGGUCAGACGGCUGUCUCAACGGUCUCAAGGAACGACAGGAGCAAAGUCAGUCAAACAAGAGGGGUACCUGAAUCAACUACGGCAGUCCAUGGACGCAUAUCUGCCCGAAGGAUAUAACCCUCUCCACCGGCCGACAUCUAGCCUCUCGUCUAGUACAUGCUCUUCGGUAGACUCCUUUGCCUCUGCUGAGCAGUACACCACCGCGCCGGAUGGCCUUCCUAUCGACAACUCUAUUGUCACCCCAUCCACCGCAUCGGAACAGUCUGUGCCCUUGACCUCGAGCGACAGUCCACACGCGCGCGAAAUGGCCAAAAUCGAGGACCGAAAGCGGCAUCUCAAAGAGAAGCUCGACCAAGCGCGUGAAAAACAGUCGAUCGACCUGCAAAGCGAGUCUUCCAAGUCGCAGAAAGAAUUUGACAAGGCCGCGGAAAGACACCAACGCGAUCGCAAGAAACAAGAAGACAAAUUCCAGAGGGAGAUUCGGAAACUCGAAGAGCGUCGCGAAAAGGAGACGCGGAAGCUCCUUGCUCGUCAGCAAAAGGAGGCAGACAAGAACCAGCUGAGUAAAGCGCAGCGGGAGCGGGACGAGUACAAGUCACGGAUGGAAAUUGCCGAAGAGGAGAAUAAGCUACUCAAGGAGCAGAUUGGCGAGUUGCAGAGGGAGAAUACGGCGAUUGUGGCGAGGUUGGGGAAGACGGAGAAGGGGAUUGAGAUUUUGAGAUUGGUCAAGGAAGAGGAUAUGGCAGGGCGGGUGAGGGCGAGUUCAAGGGCGAGUGGAAGUUCGACGAGGAGUGGCAGGUUGAGACGGAGUGGGACGGGGCUGAGUAUGGCGUAA